AUGGGUUCAGCGUAUUCAAGAACAGCUUUACGCACUCGUAUUCAUGCACUAAUCUAUAAUCAAGGUCUACCAAGCAUUUUUCUAACUUUGAAUCCGGUCGAUAUUCACGGUCCUGUUGCACUAUAUUUUGCCGGUGCGAAGCUUGAUUUAGACAACAUUCAAAUAGAACAACUAAUGACUACUUAUAAAAGAGCUGAAAUUAUUGCUUCACAUCCUGUGGCUACUAUCAAGUUUUUCCAUUUAUUGAUCAGUAACAUAUUAGAUACUAUGAUAGUUGGUGGUGUUCUUGGACCUAUAAAAGCUUACUUUGGUGCUGUUGAAAAUCAAGGACGUGGCUCUCUUCAUUUACACAUUCUUAUUUGGCUUGAUCAUGAUUUUAAGCCAUCUGAUUUGAAAGAGAAAAUUCAAAAUGUUGAUUUUCGCGAAAAAUUAAAAGCAUAUUUAGAAGAUAUUAUCAAAGAAGAUUUAGAUGAAUUCAAAGGCAAACGUACCUUUGAAAGUCCAGAUAGUAUAAAACAUUUUAAUCCUUUUCCUACAUAA